CAUUCUGCUUUCUUAAGAUUUACAGCCUUGGAAACCCUAUGGGGCGGUUCUACUCUGCCCUGUAGAGUUGCUAUGAGUUGAAAUCGACUCCAUGGCAAUGGGUAAAUAGUUCAAAACGUAAUUCAAAUUUUACUUUUUUUAUGAAAACUCUCUCUCUCCUCCAAUAAACCAAUCAAUAUAAUUGAUACUCACUAAUCUUUCUCUGCCACUACAACUACAAUUCCUGUGGGUCUAGGACCAGGUCUAAAUUUCAGUCCUUUUUUAUACACCGCAGCUAGACCAGUAGUAAUAGAAAUGAUGGCUUUUGUCUAUUGAGUUCACUGUUUGAAGCACUUUAUGUAUUCUGUAUUAAAUCAUUUUAGCUUCACAAAGUCUUUGAUGUUGACAGUGUAACUAAUGUAUUUUACAAAUGAGGAAACUGAGUUAACAUACUUGUGCUAAACUAUGUAGCUAGUAAGUGGCGGAGCCAGGAUUUGAACAUGGCGUUUAUCCUCAGCCCUGGCUCAAUCUUAACCACUGUGGCAGUAGUUCUCAACCUGGGGUGAUUUUGUUCUCAGGGGACAUUUGGCAAUGUCAGGAGACAAUUUUGGUUGUCACAACUGGGAGUGAACGACUCUGGCAUUUAGUAUGUCAAGACCAGUGACGCUGCUAAACAUCCUACACAAGAAGACAACCCACCAUAACAAAGAAUUACCCCAUCCAAAAUUUCAGUAGUGCCGAGGUUGAGGAACCUUGCACUAUGGCCUAGAGCCUCAAAUAGUCAUCAGAAUCAGUGUUUCUCAAACAGUCUGUGAUUUUCAAGCUACUGUUAUAAUUGUUCCAUUUAGAUCAGGAUGCCUGGCAAAGCAAAUGCCUCCAAGAAAAAGUCUCAACAGUUAAAAAGAAACCCAAAAAGAAAAAUUGGUGAUGAGGAAGUGGAGUUGUCAGAGAAAGAGGUUAGAAAAAUAGCGAAAAACAAACAACCAAAGCAUCCAUCUUCUGAAGUGACAGGAAAAACAAAGCAUACUAAUCUAAAACAGAUAAAGAUACCAUCCAAGAAGAGAAAAACCUGGCAACCUCUUUCAAAGAAAAGCAGAGAAUAUUUGCAAACUAUGAUGGAAUCAGUAAUAAUAUCAAUUUUGAGUAACACUGUUAAAGAAAAGGAACAAAUUCAGUAUCAUCUUAACUACCUGAAAAAAAGAUUGCUACAAUUGUGUGAAACCCUGAAAGUCCCUCCCAAAAAGCUGAGACAUUUAACUAAUGUGUCAAGUCUACUGAAAAUGGAAAUGGCGCAGCAUAGAGCUAAUGAAGAAGGUCUGGCAUUAUUGCAGGAAGAAGUAGAUAAAAUAGUGGAGACCACAGAGUCAAUGACUGAGAAUAUUCAGAGCCUAAAGAACAAAAUUCAAAUUCUGACAACUGAGAUGGAAAAAGAAGAGGAGAAGGUAAAACAGAUGCUUCAAAUGGAUCGUAGUGGGGUACUCUGUCUUCCAGAACUUCCUCAGAACAGUCUCAGAGCACCCAUACUUCAGGAAGAAAUUUUGACGCUAAUUCCAAACCAGAAUGCUCUUCUAAAGGACUUGGAUACUCUUCACAAUUCAUCCCAGAUGAAGAAUAUGCUAACUUUCAUCCAAGAAGCCUAUAACAAACUGGAUACCUCUUAAAGUUUUUAUAUGAGUUUGUUUUAUAUUAAUUUAAUAUUUGUGAAUUUGUAAAACUGUUAGCCUACAAUGAUAUUACAUAAGCUGAGACUUCUGUGGGUAUUAUUAUCCUCUAAUAAUUACAUGUACUUCCAAGUCAGAUUAUGCAGAUCUACCAUGAGCAUUUAGUGUAGUCCUGGAAACUGGUUUAAUAGCUGCCAGUUCUGGGAUAUCAUGUUUGUAUUGGUAUAUCUCCCGUUGUUUGCCUGGAACCGUAAGAUAAGAACAGCCGCAGUCUGAUAGAUUAUAAUGGCUGAAUGGAGCUCAUUAUUGGUUAGUGGAGAUAAAGUGUGAUAGUGUGAGUUAAUAUAUGUAAAAUGUCUAUAGUGCCUAGUUCAUAGGAACGUAAGUGUUUGUUAUGAUUAUUAUUUAGCUGAUGGCUUGCAUUUUGUGUUUGGCCAUCUGGAUCUUAAGAAAUCCCCAAAUGCCUUGACUCUCUUACAUAACUCCCUAGUCUUUUUGUGGAGUGGUUUAAAUUUACCAGAUGUCUUUAACAUUUUUCGUAUGUUGUAUUACUGAGUAGAUGUUGAAUAUUUAUUUUCACUGAUAUCAAAGCAUACUUUUAUUAUAGAAAAUUAUUAAAAAGGAACUUAAGCAUUUACAAUUUAUAGUGACUCCUUAAAACAAAAAAGUUUCUAUUUUUUUCCUCAUUUUAAUAAUAAGUUUAUAUAUGUGAAUAAAUGAUCACUUAAAUAUAUAAAAAUAAUUUCUAACCAACUAUACUCUUUGAGAGAGCCCUGG